UAUUCAAUUUGUUGAAUUUCUAACAGAAAAAUAUUUUUUCUCUUUUGAACUGUAUUUUCUUUUUUACUUAAUAAUAAAAAUUUAAAAGAUAUUUUUUAAUUUUUUUUCCUUCAAAAAGAAAAAAUAAUAAUAAAAAUUUAAACUUUUCAACUUUCAAAUAAUCAUGUUUCAACUAAAAGAACUUCUUUUCGUUACCUUUUUAUUUCUUGUUAUAACAAAAGUUCACCCUUUUGAUCCCUCCACUGUUGAUCCCGCAACUAAAGCGACCUGGUGUAAUAAUCAAAUAGCUUCUUGUACAAAUAUUUGUUGGGAUAAUGGUUAUGAUGCAACAACCAACUUUUGUCAACCAGAUACACUUCAAUAUGACUGUGUGUGUUCAAAUGGCGUAAGACCCAAUGCCACCGAAUACACGCAAACCAUUCCAUACUUUACAUGUACCGCCGAUCAACAAGCAUGCAUAAAUAAAUGUAAUCCCACUACACCUACUUGUGUUAGUGCUUGUAAUACCGGUAAUUGUGGUGCAACAGCUCCUAAAGCUCCCAAAGGUCCUUCAACUACCGUCGUUCAAGGUAAUAGUUCUCCUUCAGCUCCAGGAACCCCGGGAACACCUACACCGACUAAGAAUCCUAAUACCCUUCUUAGUGCAGCAGGCAUGAUAUCACCAAUUCAAGGCUGGGUCAUGUUAUUAUUUACUUUUGUUGUCACUUUUUUCGCCCGUGCAAAUUUAUCUUAAGCUAUUUUGAACAUUUAUGAUAAUAUGGAAAAUGGACUAUUUUGAAUCAGCAAAAUAAUUUUUUAUUUUUAUUUAAUCUCUUUUGCUGCAUUCUUAUAAAAUUUAAUUUUAUUAAAUAAUUAUUCAAAUAUAUUUUAAUUCUCUUUCUAAUCAUAUUCUUAUUCUUAAUGAAAAUAUGUCACAAAAACUACAUAAUUAAUUAUCAAUAUACAUUCAAUCUAAUUAGACAUUGAACACGUGUGAUUCUUUAAAAAAGUCGUCAAUAAAAAAAAUAAAUCGCGUUAAAUUAUACUUUUAAUAUAAUAAAUUUCGUAAUUCGCAAUAUCUUAUUAUC